GUUGCGAAAGGCGUUUCAUCACACGUAUUCAUUGGAGAUCACUCGCCCUUGGCAACCAGCCAAGACAAGGGGCCGCUAACCCAAAUUGUUUAGGAGAGGGAUCAUCAACUUCCACUCCGCUGUACCUACUCUACCUUCCCUUCCCCGAUUCAACCAUCUCAAACCAACCCAGCCCUUUCCCCUUCGAAACCUCCCUAACCAACAUUCUCAAGCCCAGCCACUUCAUCGAAAAGCUCUCUCAUUCGUCUCAAAAACACCCAUCGCAUUUACAUCCCAUCCAGCACAACAACAGCCAUGGCUAACGACGAGUACGAUUUCCUGUUCAAAGUUGUCCUGAUUGGAGAUUCCGGCGUCGGAAAGUCCAACCUUCUCAGUCGAUUCACUCGCAACGAGUUCAACCUCGACAGCAAAUCGACAAUUGGUGUCGAGUUCGCCACGCGAUCAAUUCAGGUUGAUUCCAAGACCAUCAAGGCACAGAUCUGGGAUACCGCCGGCCAGGAGCGAUACCGCGCCAUCACCUCGGCUUAUUACCGCGGUGCCGUCGGCGCUCUCCUUGUCUACGACAUCUCCAAGCACAUCACCUACGAGAAUGUCACGCGUUGGCUGAAGGAGCUAAGAGACCAUGCCGACUCGAAUAUCGUCAUUAUGCUGGUGGGGAACAAGAGCGAUUUGAGACACUUGAGGGCCGUGCCCACUGACGACGCGAAGAACUUUGCGGCGGAGAACCACCUUUCUUUCAUCGAGACCUCUGCGCUCGACGCCAGCAACGUUGAGCUCGCGUUCCAGAACAUACUCACUGAGAUAUAUAGGAUUGUCUCGAGCAAAUCACUGGACGCCGGCGAGGCUACCACCUUCAGUCAAGAAGGCGGUCACCGCAUCGAUGUGACGAAGCCUGCCGAUACACCUUCCAAGGAGGGUAAAUGCUGUUAAUGCUGGAGAAGGAAAGAGAGAAAGAAAGGAUAUGAUGAGGAGGGAUAAGGGCUUUCUUCUUUCCGAAUCAUUCAUAAUUUUUUUCCCCCGGUUUACGUCAUGUCUUCACGUCUUCCCUGUUACUGUUAUAAGCAAUCUUCCACGGUGUUUUACUUUUUUCUUUCUUUUCUUCCUUGUUCCCUUUUCUGCGUGCUUUUGACGCCGCCGUUAUACUUAAGAACCUCCUGCUUUGUCGCCGCUGGAGUCAUAAGGAUGGGUGGG